UAUGUUUAUUUAUUUACCCCUUCGUAGUUUGGCUUCGGUUGCAGCCAACGAAGGCGAGGAUAUCGAGGCUACGAUGCUCCCUGGUCUCUUUCCAAGUUCGGUACAUCGAGGGUUUUGUUAGGGUUUUACUUUUACCUACCCAAAUGCCGCCGGCUCUCAUCUCCGUGUCCGUCCGUUUUCUCGUCAAAGGUUCGAUCUUUUCCUCAUGAGAACGCAUCCGGGUUCCUGAGAUGCUGCUAUUUUGAUCAAGUAUCUCUGUUAUGAACUUCGUUAAGACAGUUUCCACCUUUUUGGGGCUUGCCUUUCCCCCCCGAAAAAGAUUCUAUUUUGAUGGUGAUUUUAAUCUUUUUCUCAUGGAAUUUCAUCUGGGCGUCCUCUAUUUAACGGUUCCGUGCCUUUAUUUCUGAUCUUUUUAGGGUUUAAUAAGACCGUUCCAGCUUUUUUGGGGCUUACCUUUCCCCCCAAAAGAUUCUAUUUUGAAGGGUGAUUCUAAUCUUUGAUUUUGGGAUUUCGUCUGGGUAUCUAAUAUUUCACAGUUUAUGUCCUUUAUUUCUAAUCUCUAUAGGGUGUUAGAUGCUCCUUGAUGUAGUUCCAGUAUCUUCAAUUAGACUUUUUUGGGGAUUUUUUCCCUGCAUAGUUCCUAGGUCUUUGAACUAUAAUAGACAUUCCAUCUUGCUUCAGCACUUCAACAAAAUAUUGUGAAAAAUGUCUUCAUUCCUCGGCGCGAAAGGGACUUGCAGCUUCAACCUUGACCUAAUAAAAAACCCCUCCCCCUCUUCUGGAUGCUCAUCAACCCUCACCAAAUCCUCAUCCGUCUCCUCACUUGACAUCCCCACAAAAAGAGGUCGAGCUCCUCGAAAGAGACCCAAUCAAUCCUACUUCGAAGCCGCCACUCUCCUCUCCACUGCUUGCCCUAAUGUUUUCUCAAUAAAAAACCUCCAUAAAAAGCAUUCGGGGUCGUUCCCUUCCCUUUCUUCCUCCUCUUUAUCCUCUACUGGCCGUCCCCCUUCUUUCCCGGUCCUCAGUGACUCCGAUUUCCUAAUUGAAGACCCAUCUCCCGGUCCAAAUCUUUCACGCCCGUUCAAAUUCAGACCUGUUAACCCAAUUAAGACAUCUUGCUUUGUGCCUCGAGUGGGUAGCCCACCAGGCUCACCAGGUUAUGAUGUUAGUUCUAUUUUCGGUGAUGAUGAUGUUGAGGGGAUUGAUAGCAUAAUGGGAAAGCUAAGUGUGAACGAUUGUGAUACAAAUUGUAGUCCUAGUGUUGAUCCUUGCAUUAAUCCUUUUGUUGGAGGGAAAGCCAGGCUUAGGGCCCAUAAUGAUGAUUGGUGGAGGUUGAUGCCGAUGGUGAACAUGAAAGAUAUUGUUCCUAAGCUCAAUGCAAUGCCAUCUUUGGAGAGGAAGAAGAAGACUAAGAAGAAGAAAUUGGAGGAGGUCAUGGAUGAGUCUGAGGUCACUAAAACUACAACUGGUUCUUGUAUUACAGCUAGUGCUGGUAAACGAGAGGGAAAUUUGAAGUCUGGUUUAGGCCUCAAAUUGAAUCAUGAGGAGGUCAUUGAAGCUUGGGGAGAUCGGGAGUUUCCAAUAUCUUACGAUCCUGGUUCUUCAGAAGCCACUUCUGGCAUUGAUGCUAAACUGGCUAUGAUUGACAUUUUUCCCGACGAUGAAGGUGUUGGUAUGAGAGAGGCGAGCAUGCUGAGGUACAAAGAGAAGCGAAUUUCUCGGCUCUUUGCGAAGAAGAUCAGAUACCAGGUGCGGAAGUUGAAGGCUGACGGCAAACCUCGGAUGAAGGGCCGAUUUGUUAAAAGUAAUCAGGGCCAAUUUCUCCAAGAAGCAAUCAAGGAAGAAAAUCUGUGAGAUCUCCAUUCUACAAGGAGUUGAAUGCUGAAAGUUAUGCAUUUUACCUAUUUAAUGUGGACACAAUUGAAGGGAGGUUUUGUAAUUUUUUUGGAACACCUCUCUAUGUGCCACUAAAGCCUUUUGUCUUCAAAUAUUGUGAAAUAUAUUCGCAAAUACUUUUCAUUUUGUCAAUACAUGAUCAUGUUUAGAUACAAGGCAAGUUGCACAAAUUGGUUUUUGUGUGGA